AUGACGGCUAAUAUCUAUAACGGUCUCAUCUGGUUCUUCCUACCAACCUCAGUAGUCAUUGUCAAUGACAUAUUCGCGUACCUAUUCGGAUUCUUCUUUGGGCAUCACCCCCUCAUUAAGCUGUCGCCCAAGAAGACCUGGGAGGGUUUCAUCGGUGGCUCCAUCGCGACUAUGAUAUUUUCGAUGAUCUGGUGUUCUGUCCUCCAAAAAUACGAGUAUUUCACUUGCAAACAAGAAGAGAUCGUCUUUAAGCCCUUCAUCUACCCAAGCUGCACCCCAGAUGAGAUUUAUACUCUCCAUAGAACGUACACUAUUCCCCCGUUCGGGUUUGAAUUGCAGCUAACCGAUAUGCAGAUUCACGCCCUAGUCCUAGGUAGCUUUGCAUCUCUGGUAGCGCCGUUCGGUGGGUUCCUAGCGUCUGGUUUCAAGCGUGCCUUCAAGAUAAAGGACUUUGGCGACUCCAUCCCUGGUCAUGGUGGCCUCACAGACCGCUUUGACUGUCAGGUUGUAAUGGGUAUGUUCACUUAUGUCUAUCUCUCCAACUUCGUCGUUGGUGAUAGUGCUACUGCAUUCACCAGUCUUCUAGAGAAAGUCAUGCAGUUAUCUGAUGCAGAACAACUACAGUUGUACGAUCAUUACUAA